UCCGUGAAGGAGGACGAGAAGGAGGAAGAAGGUGAGCGAAGAGGAACAGCCAUCUUCGUGAGGUCGAACUCUACUGCGCAGGGAUGCCAAGACAUUGUUCAGCAGGUGGCUGCAAAUCCCGGGACAACCGUGACACUCGAAAUGCUGGAAUCACCUUUCACAGAUUACCAAAAGGAGCCACACGGAGGAACCUUUGGAUUACUAACUCUCACCGCGCCGACUCCUGGGACCCUCAGACCAAAUUUGUCUACUUUUGUUCCAAACACUUCACCCCAGAGAGCUUUGAGCUGACCAGCUGCAGUGGGGUCAGGAGAUUGAAGGAAGACGCAUUUCCGACCGUGUUUGAUUCCUCCGCGACAAAAAAACACCGACGUGCGGGAACGGCGCAGAAACAAGAGGCCAAGCCCGUCAGAGUCCGGAGACUCCGCUCGGGAAACCAGGAGCAUGAGUCAGACCAGGGUCCGUCUUCAGAAGAGCCCACAGUUCAAAGGUCAGUGACACCAUCUCAGACGGAGACUCAUGAAGACCUGCCCACAUCUCCCCGAGAGCCAUCAGGUGCGGAAGAGCAUGCUCCCUCUCCACCACCAGAGUCUCGUCCCCUUUCUCCAACGCGGUUCAUGCGGCGCCUGCCUCCUCCCCCAGGCUUCUACCUGUCAAAGGAGCAUAGCUACGCACAGCUCUGCCCCCUGCUGUGGAGGAGGCGUUAUGACCAGGCCAUCGACUGUCUGGAGAAGGCCUUGCGUCAGCUGCAUGCAGCCAGGCGGAGAGAGAGCCGCCUGCGGAACACGGUGCUGAGGCUCCGGGACAAACAACUGAAACACACUCUGCUUGUGUCCCAAGAUGGCUGUAAAAACAGCCACAGGGGCAGCUGGACGCUGGGGGGUGAGAGGAGACGGGGGAAAGGAGGUCCUAACCAGGAGGAGAGUGAGAAUGAGUCUAAAACUGAGGACGUAGGCGUGUUUGAGGACAGGUGUGUGGAUCGCAUGGCGUUGGGGAGUCGCUUUCUUCCAGACACUAACAGGUGGACUGAUAAGGAGAAGAGCCACUGCCUCUGCUGUGGAAGAGGGCAAGUUCAAGCACACGGACCCUUACCAGAGCAUAAUGUCUCAGAGAUAAUUCAAAGAACAGCUGAAGACACUGUAACGUUCAGGCAGGAGAGGCCUCUGGAAGAGAAAGACACCAGUGACUCUGUCCUGGUAGUCCCUGCUGCAGUGUGUUUACCUGCCACUCCCCAGAAGAGUGUUCAGUGUUUAGGCUCUCAGCAGAAGCUUCUCCUCUCAGAUGUGUGUGAAGAAGAGUGUGACGCUGAGGGUCAGGAGUAUCACCCACAUCUGCAGCAGCAGCAGCAACAGCAGCUGCUCUGGAUACAGGACAUUGCUGAAGGACGCGUCCUUCUGGUUCCUGUUCCUGCCGAGGAUGGACUGCAGAGCUUUCUCACCAACGAAGCACAGACCAUAAUGGUGUCAGAGGUGGAUCAUAAAUGUGACACGAGUGGUGGAGGUGUGCUCAGGACUGAAGCGGCCUAUGAAGAGGAGCAGCACUGUGUCAUCAGCAAUGCAGCAGUGGAGACGAGGAGAGAAGACAUGAGAGAGAAACUUAAAGAACAUCUGGAGGGAUUUCACCUUCAGCUGAGCAGUGAGUUCAUAAACUGACAAUGGACACAGCACUCACUCACUAAAGAUUCACUAGAGUCAAUCAGUGUAUGAUCAUACAUUUCUCUUUAUUGGAAACAUGUAUGCAGAUUAAAAAUAACUUAUUUUACAGAAAAAUAUCUUUUAAAGUAUCUAAAGUGAGUGACCUACUAGUUAAUGUUAUUUUUAAAACAAUCAGUGAAAAAAGUCUAUUAUAUCAGGUUUAUUCAAGACAUGAUCAGUGGAAACAAUGUUUCAGGGAAAACAAAGUUUUACUUUCUUUAAACUUAAGAAUCAAGUAAAAACAGAAACUGCAAUUACUAAAAUGACAAUGUGUUCACAUCUGGGCCUUUGAACGACGCUACAGAAAUGUACUCUUGACUCCUUAAUAGACUGGGACUCAAGUUCAAAGACGAUUUAUAAACGAGAGCCAUGUGAGGCGUUCAUUUCAAAAAUCCCUUCAAUGCAAGUUAGAUAUUGCAUGUUCUGCUGAGAAACUAAGUGCAGCAUUCCAGGGAGCGGCUGCACGGAAUAUACCCCUGAAAAUUCCCCCUACAUGUGACGGAUGCUCAUUAGUGAAUGAUGCCCUCUCCCUUUGAUACCUGCUCAGCAUCUUCAGUCUUUCAUCAAAACAAUUGUCCUAAAUAUACAUGGCUCAUUGAAAGUGCUUGAAUUUCAUUUUAAAUUUUAUAUUUAGGUAAAUAGUAGGUGGCGUCAGUAAACGACGCCACCUACUGUUUCAAGCCCUGCGUUGCUUGAUGUACGUAGACAAGGCCUAUGCAGGACAAACGUUGAAUCAUAAUUACUAGCAGUGUCUCUCUCCGCUGUUAACAUGAGAUUCCAUGCAGAAACAAUGAGCGAGUAACAAGAGAGAGCAAAUGACAA